AUGACCACAGCCUGUCCAGAACACGAAGUGUAUAAUCUAAAAGUUUUGCUGAAGUACCUUAGGCAGCCACUAGAGGACCCAUUAUCGAACUUGACCAAAAAAGUCGCUAUCAAGGUGGGGAAUACAACCUAUGCGGUAAAGGCCAAAGUGAGCCAAAACCUACCAAGACCUGUCAUCCUCGGACGUGACAUCCCGAACCUGGCCAGACUGGUACAGACAGCUCCAACGCAUAAGUUCGGUCAGGGACCCACAUCCGCAGGAGACGGGAGGAUAGCCUCCAAUAACGGACCAGCAUUCGGUCGCCAUGGUGACGGAGGAGGUCGCGGUGGUUACAGACGUGACGGGGACUACGACAGGAGCAGCCGUGGAUUCAGAUCGAGCCAGUACAGUUACGAUGGUCGUGGCAGAUCGUAUGGAGAGAGCCAGCGUGGCUUUGGCCCAGGGUAUCGCGACGUCCACAACCAUGGAGGCGGCCAGGGGCCGAAGAGCAGGAAAAGAUAUGGCCCGCCUGUCCGCACUAACUACCGUCUGAUUGUUGAGAACUUGUCCAGUCGCUGUAGCUGGCAGGACUUGAAGGAUUACGUGCGGCAAGCUGGAGAAGUCACCUUUGCUGAUGUGCACAAGUAGAACAGGAAUGAGGGGAUUGUGGAUUUCGUCACCUACCGAGACAUGGAGAAUGCCCGGCGUAAGCUUGACGGGACUGAAAUCUAUGGUCGUAAGAUCAAACUGGUGAAGUCUUAGCCUGCAUAAAGCACUACCGAUAUGGGGAAACAGCAAGGAAAAGGACUGAUGAAUAUGGACUUGAAAAUUGUAACUGCAUGGAAAAGGACUGACGAAUAUGGACACUAGAGUAACUUUGCCUGUGGGAAAAAAACGUAGUUCUGAGUUAGUAGACAUUUAACUUUGUAUUAGAUAUUCUAGGCCGCCGACGUUUUGAACGGACAUUUGAACUUAAGUUUGAUGGCAGUAGUUUGGUAAUGGUAGUAAUUUGUUAUGUUAAUAUCUGUAAAAUGCAUGCCUACAGGACUCACACUGCAAAAGGAUGUUUCUUGGAGUAGUGAUGAUUGUAACGAGUGUAUCAAUCAAAGAAACGGGGGCAGAUGUGACGGAGUCACUGUAAUAGUUUUAGGCAUGCCCAGGGCUAACUGCGCAUGAGCAGAGAGGAGGGGUUGAGGAGACGAGAGUUCGGCAGUGUGAAGUCCUGCUAUGUAGAUUUAGAGGUUUCAUGGAUUAAAGAGCAACAUCGGAACAACAG